AUGCAGCCCGAGCCCAGGCAUCGCUCGCAGCGCCACCGCAGCGCAUCUCGGCCUCGCCAACGUGAUCGUUCGCCGUCCCUUGAGCCUUCACGCCGCCGCCAACACCAGGAUGCUCACCCUUCCAACUCGCCCACGCAAGAGCGCUCCGAGCGCUCCCGUGAGCGUUUCAGACAAGACACGCACCAGCGCGCCAAGUCGCGGCCGCCCGGAUCGGGGCGUGGCAGUCGCGACAGUCGAGGGAAAACUACAUGUAGCAUUAAGCGUCCACGCGUACGCUUUAAUAUGAUUGACGCCGAGGGCGCAGCAGAGACGCUCACAGCCAAGGCUACGCAAAGUGGUUUUUUGCGUAAGCAAGCAGACAACGAACCGGGCGCAUGGAACGAAUACUAUUUUGUGAUCAAACCGCUGACAUACCUCAUGUACUACAAUACCAAGGACGACGAGACACCACGAGGCAUCAUCGAUCUCGAGUACUUGACAGACAUCAAGCGCAACGCAGACUGUCUGCAACGCGCAGUAGCGGGAGGAGACAACUGCUUUCGAGUCUCAGGCAAAUUGCCGCGGCCAUCGGCAGAGCAGACGGCCGCAGGCGACAUCCCCAAGAUGCGCCCGCUGUAUUUGGACACGGACAACGCCGACGAGGCGGAAAAGUGGAUGAACGCAAUUCGCAACCACCGCUUCAGUGUCAAGAAGGAUGAGCAAUUCUUCGAGACGGUGCACCAACUGCGAGAUGCAGAGUUUCGCGUCGCACAGCUAGAGGAGGAACAGCAGAAAGAGACCGAGACGAAGAAGAAUCUUCGUAUUAAGGCGAAGACUUUACUGCUAAAGAUGCGAGCAGUUGAUAGCGGCAAUACGGAUGAAAUCCCGGAAGUGGACGUCGACAAUUUGGACGAUGUUGCUGACGAUAUGCUGGCUAUGUUAGAAGGCAUGGAGGACGUUCUCGUUAAUCUACAUACAAAACUGGAUCAGCAGAAGCAGGAAAAGAAGGCUGACACUACAGGGCCAACGAUCACCCGUCGGGGCUUUGCGCAGGUAAUUCAGCGUGCCGUGUCCAGGCGUGAGAACACGAGCUUUUUGGAUUUGUCCGAGGACGAUGAAGAGGAGACGCUAGCGGCUAUCAGGAGCAGGAGACAGCAUAAACCUCAACCGCCAGUAAUUCAGGAGCAGCCGAAGGAGAAACCACAAGAAAAAAUACAGGAACCACCACGCGAGAAGCCAAAGAAGAAGCCGAAAGAAACACCGAAGGAGAAGAUUCAAGAGGAGGUACCAGCAAUGGAUAACGUGUCGGAUGUGUUGGCAAUGUGGAAGGCAAAGAAAAAGAAAAAAGACCCGUCCUCGAGAAAGCACUCUGCACCGGAGGACGGUGACGGUGACGAUUCGAGGAGAAACAGAGCGGUACCCCGAUCUCAGCGGACGACAACACCGGAUACUGCAAAGUACAAAAAGAGCCGAGGUAGCGACCGAUCGUCGGAAGAAGACACAGUCUCACUUGAUUCGUCGGACGACUGCGACUCGAGGGAGAAAUUACCACCUGGGUGGACGAAGCACGAGAGUCGGGGAUACCCUGGCACUUACUACUACGCCCACGAAUCUGGCAAGGUGAGCUGGGACGUGCCGACCGACAACACGGUUGAUAGCGGACGUGAUUAUAUGAGCGAAUACGAGACAGAUGGGGAGGAAACCGCAGGUGGCACCACAUCAGCCGCGUACAGAAAAAAAAAGCCGAAACCCAAGUCGGCAUGGGCCUUUAAGCUCCCCAAGUUGCUACCAACAAAUACCACACAGGCGGUGCCAACGGAAGCUGCCGCCUCGCUAUCUCCAAUCCGCCGAGGCGCCAACCAUCACGAAUUCUGAUCUUGUUGUUCUUCUUCUUACUGCACACAUGGCCCUAAACUAACGAAGUAGUAAAAGCUUGUUGAGAUUUAA